AUGGUCUGUGUCGGCGAUAAAAUCGGGGUUAGGCAUAAAACCUCGAUGCAAAUGGCCACGAUGGCCUACGAAGGUGCAAUCGAAGGUCGACCAGAAGACUGCUGGAUCGGGAUAUUCUACGUCGAGCCGAUUGGCAAGCGCGAUGGAACACACAAAGGAAAGCGGUACUUUGAGUGCGCGCAGAACUUCGGCAGCUUCGUCAAGCCUUCAAAAAUUGUCGAAGAAAUGAGCUUGGAAGAAGCGCUGAUAGCUCAGUUCGAGAGAAACACGGAGUUGGAGGAAAAAGUCGGAGCAAUGAACAGCUCGGCGUUGUUUUUGAUCGAAACGCCGACGACGGAGCUACGUUCCGUCUCAAUAACCGAUUUUCCAGUAGUUUCUUUGUCAAGGGAAACGAUUCUCCAGGAAACUCCGAAAUGCCGCCACCUCGACAUUUCCAAUACAAAGAUAACAAGCUGGAAACAAGUUCACGAAUCAGUCGAAGUGACAGAAAUACGAGAACUCACAGCCUCUAGAUUCUACAAAUCGAACCAAAAAUGA